GAAAUGACUUGAGAGGAUGAGCUAAGUUCUGAAACCCACAAUUUCUCAUCUGUCUCGGUCGAACAUAAGGGGGAGAUUCAAACGAAAGCCAUCUUCCAAAAUGAGACUAAUUUGCUUUGAUUUCUACAGUUUAGACGACCAAUUGCAAGGAUGGUUGUUUGAAUUUAGAUAGACCCAUUGUUCCUUUUUCUUUAAGUUGAAUUGGGUUGGGAACCAAAUGUCAAGACCAGAUAGAUCGAUUCAGCCUCCUUUGGUUGACACGACAUGUUUCUGUAGAGUAGAUGGAGGAUUAAAAACAGUUGGUGGUGCAAAGAAAUACGUUCCUGGAACUAACCUAUGUCUUCAACCCAACGUUAAGCCAUCAAUUCAUCCUAUUGGACAAAGACAACCUCGAGGAGGUCGGGGAAAUGACAGGACAAGGAACCAACCGUCGUUAAUCCCAGGUCUACCUGAUGAUCUCGCUAUCGCUUGCUUAAUUCGGGUCCCAAGAGUCGAUCAUUGCAAACUUCGCUUAGUUUGCAAAAGAUGGUAUCGUUUAUUAGCUGGAAAUUACUUCUACUCGCUCAGAAGAAACUCUGGACAAGCCGAGGAAUGGCUGUAUGUUAUGAAACGAGACAAAGAUGGGAAAACCACUUGGCAUUCAUUCGACCCGAUUUACCAAAUUUGGCAGACAUUGCCUCCGGUUCCUAAAGAGUACAGUUCAGCAAUUGGAUUCGGUUGUGCGGUUCUCAGCACUUCCCAUUUGUAUUUAUUUGGUGGGAAGGAUCCGGUUAAAGGUUCUAUGAGACGGGUUGUGUUCUACAGUGCGAAAACUAAUAAGUGGCAUCGUGCACCCGAUAUGCUUAGAAGGCGACAGUUUUUCGGAACUUGUGUUAUAAACAACUGUUUGUAUGUGGCGGGUGGUAAGAACGAAGGGAUUCAUCAGCCGUUGAGAUCGGCUGAAGUUUACGAUCCAUCGAAGAAUCGAUGGUCGUUCAUACCCGAUAUGGAUGUAGGUAUGGUUCCUUUAUCAAGCAUUGUCUACGAUGGGAAGUGGGUUUUGAAAGGGAUAGGUUCUCACAACUGGCAAAUCGUGAGUGGUGCAUUCCAACCGGAAACAAAUAGAUGGUUUCCGGUUUCUGGCAGUUUAAUUCAAGGAUGGAAGAAUCCGUCUGCUACUUUAAACGGGAAGAUGUAUGCUUUUGACUGCAAAGAUGGAUGUAGGCUUAGGAUUUAUGACGAGAAAGUUGAUUCCUGGAGCAAGCGGAUUGACAGUAAGUCGCAUUUGGGGAGUUCUAAGGCUUUUGAUGGACAGGCUCUUCUAGAGUUAAACGGUAAGCUUUGCAUUGUGCGAAAUAAUUUGAGUAUUUCUUUAGUUGAUGUUUCGAAAUGUGAGGAUGCGGAGGGAAUCGUGGUGGCUGAACAUUUGUGGGAAACUAUAGCGGGAAAGGGACAGUUUAAAACAUUGAUGACGAAUAUCUUGUCUAGCUUGGCUGGUCGGAACCGAGUAAAAAAUCAUAUUCUUCACUGUCAAGUUCUUCAAGCUUAAGGACUCUGAGUUUCUUUUUCUUUCUUUUCUUCCCUUUUUUUUGCCCUUUUGAAGCUUAAGAACAACCUAUUUUAGUUACCUCUUCAUGGAUCAUGUUUGAUGUAUGUAAAAUAGGGAAAUUAAGCAGCAUUCAAAGUGAGUCUUGAAUUUUCUUAUGUAGAAUGUUGUUAUAUAUAUAUGAUACAGUUUACUUUCAGUUUCAA